GAUCUAUCAAUUCCUCUUUUCGCCUGUGUGCAGAUAGACGUCCGCUUUUUUUUUUUUUUUUAAAUUGUCUUUACGUGAAAAAAAAAAAAAAAAAACUCGUCAAGAAUUGACCGGUUUUAGCGGCGGAGGAGAGCCGCUAUAAUGGGUGUUUUUCACCGAAGUGGACUUUGUAUCUGUUUUGGUGCUCGCAGAUUGUGAUAGAGAGAGAGAGAGAGAGAGAGAGAGAGAGAGAGAAAACACACAACACAGUUCGACGCCCCGCUAGCUGCCGCUACCUCUCGCCACUGUCCCGUGGUGCUGGUGUCGUCUUCGGCAGGAGACCUCAAACGAGGGAUAUAUAAGGAAUCUUACUGGGGGGAAAAUUCCUAAACCGCAAACAUGUCUGGCUCUGUAAAAGUUGCUGUUCGAGUUCGGCCCUUCAACUCCAGGGAGACGAGCAAGGACUCAAAAUGUAUAAUUCAGAUGCAAGGCAACACGACAACUAUUGUCAACCCCAAAGCCCCAAAGGAACCAGCAAAGACCUUCAGUUUCGAUUACUCCUACUGGUCACACACUACGCCGGAAGACCCCAGCUUUGCUUCACAGAACCUUGUGUACAAUGACAUUGGCAAAGAAAUGCUGGCACACGCAUUUGAGGGCUACAAUGUCUGCAUCUUCGCAUAUGGCCAGACAGGAGCUGGCAAAUCCUACACCAUGAUGGGCAAGCAGGAGGAGGGGCAGGAAGGAAUCAUUCCCAUGCUUUGUGAAGAUCUAUUUGAGAAAAUCAACGAUGACUGCAACAAAGAAAAGCUCUCCUACUCUGUAGAGGUCAGUUACAUGGAGAUCUACUGUGAACGGGUGCGAGAUUUGCUCAAUCCCAAGAACAAAGGAAACCUACGAGUGCGAGAACACCCUCUACUGGGUCCCUAUGUGGAGGACCUGUCCAAGCUCGCAGUCACCUCAUACACAGAUAUCGCCGACCUGAUGGACGCAGGCAACAAGGCCAGAACUGUGGCUGCCACCAACAUGAAUGAGACCAGCAGCAGGUCCCAUGCUGUUUUCACCAUCGUCUUCACCCAGAAGAAACACGACAGUGAGACAGACCUCUCCACAGAAAAGGUCAGCAAAAUUAGUCUGGUAGACUUAGCAGGGAGUGAACGAGCAGAUUCCACUGGAGCUACAGGCACCAGGCUAAAGGAGGGAGCAAACAUUAACAAAUCUCUCACCACAUUAGGAAAGGUUAUCUCUGCCUUGGCUGAAGUGGAUAACUGCACCAGCAAGAGCAAGAAGAAGAAGAAGAGUGACUUCAUCCCAUACAGAGACUCUGUUCUGACAUGGCUACUGAGGGAGAACCUGGGCGGAAACUCCAGAACAGCCAUGGUAGCUGCCCUCAGUCCUGCAGAUAUCAACUAUGAUGAAACUCUCAGCACACUCCGCUACGCGGACCGGGCCAAGAACAUCAAAUGCAAUGCUGUCAUCAAUGAGGAUCCCAACAACAAGCUGGUGCGUGAUCUGAAGGAUGAAGUGUCUCGACUGAAGGAACUGCUCCGUGCCCAGGGCCUGGGAGACAUCCUGGACAUUGAUCCUAUGGGGGAUGAUUGCCCAGGAAGUGGAAUCAAAUACCUCAAAGACAUUCAGAACAAUAAGAAUAGAUACUUGGUAGCAUCAGAGAACCAACGGCCUGGCCAUUUCUCCACAGCCCCUAUUGGCUCCCUGACAGCGUCUCCAUCCUCUGGCUCACUGUGCAACCAGCUGGGUCUGCAGUCGGUCACCAGCAUCCAGGAGCGCAUCAUGUCCACACCUGGAGGAGAGGAGGCCAUUGAAAGACUCAAGGAAUCAGAAAAGAUCAUUGCCGAGCUCAAUGAAACCUGGGAAGAGAAACUGAGAAAGACUGAGGCAAUCCGCAUGGAGAGGGAGGCCUUGCUUGCAGAGAUGGGUGUGGCAAUCCGUGAAGAUGGAGGCACUUUGGGCGUAUUCUCUCCUAAAAAGACUCCGCAUCUGGUUAACCUGAAUGAGGAUCCUCUCAUGUCAGAGUGUCUGCUCUACUACAUCAAAGAUGGAAUUACAAGGGUGGGUCAGGCCGACGCUGAAAGACGACAAGACAUUGUUUUAAGUGGUGCUCAUAUCAAGGAAGAGCACUGCAUCUUCCGCAGUGAAAGGAAUGCCAAUGGACAUGUUAUCGUCUUGCUGGUGCCCUGCGAGGGAUCAGAAACUUACGUCAAUGGCAAGCGUGUGGAAGAUGCAAUCCAGCUUCGUUCAGGUAACCGCAUCAUUAUGGGAAAGAACCAUGUGUUCCGGUUCAACCACCCAGAACAGGCCAGAGCUGAAAGGGAGAAGACGCCAUCUGCCGAAACGCCAGUGGAGCCUGUGGAUUGGACCUUUGCUCAGAGAGAGCUUCUGGAGAAGCAGGGCAUCGACAUGAAGCAGGAAAUGGAGAAACGGCUCACUGAGAUGGAAAUCUUGUACAAGAAGGAGAAGGAGGAGGCAGACCAACUUCUGGAGCAACAGCGAUUGGUUUACGAGAGCAAAUUGCAAGAACUUCAGAAACAGGUCGAGACUCGUUCUCUUAUUGCUGAGACACUGGAUGAAGAAGAGCUGGAAGAGGAGGAGGAAGAGGAAGAGCCUAAACUACUGGGAUUGCCGUGGACUCAGCAUGAGUUUGAGCUGGCACAGUGGGCCUUCAGGAAGUGGAGGUACCAUCAGUUCACCUCCCUCCGUGACCAGCUGUGGGGAAAUGCUGUCUACCUGAAGGAGGCCAACGCCAUAAGUGUGGAGCUUAAGAAGAAAGUCCAGUUCCAGUUUGUCUUGCUGACAGACACGCUGUACUCGCCGCUGCCCCCUGAGCUCCUGCCCCCAGAGCCAGAGAAAGAGCGAGACUCCAGGCCUUUCCCCCGCACCGUGGUUGCUGUGGAGGUUCAGGACCUUAAGAAUGGGGCCACGCACUACUGGUCCCUUGAUAAACUCAAGCAGAGGCUGGACCAGAUGAGAGAGAUGUAUGACCGUGCAGGCGAAAUGGCCUCCUCACACCAGGACGACGGCGAGAGCACUUUGACAGGAAAUGACCCCUUCUAUGAUCGUUUCCACUGGUUUAAGCUGGUGGGGAGCUCCCCCAUCUUCCACGGUUGUGUCAAUGAGCACCUGGUCGACCGCACGCCCUCGCCUACCUUCUCCACCACCGACUCCGAGAUCACCGAGCUGGCGGACGAACGCCAGAGUGAGAUGUCUGACUUGAUCGACGAUGAGGCAUUUGUGGACGACACCAGCUCGGACGCCGGCACCGAGGAGGGCUCGGACAUAUUCAGCGACGGCCAGGACCCCUUCUAUGACCGCUCCCCCUGGUUCAUCCUGGUGGGAAGAGCUUUCGUGUACCUGAGCAACCUGCUGUACCCUGUACCACUGGUGCACCGUGUUGCCAUAGUAACAGAGAAGGGCGCGGUGCGUGGUUUCCUGCGCGUGGGGGUCCAGGCUAUAGCUGCUGACGAGGAGGCUCCAGACUACGGGUCAGGAGUUAGACAGUCAGGAACCGCCAAGAUUUCCUUUGAUGAUGAAUACUUCAAAAAGAAUGACUUUCCCUCCACGGUUAUGACCCGCUCCGGCUUGUCCCUAGAAGAGCUGCGCAUUGUGGAGGGUCAGGGUCAGAGUUCAGAGGUCAUCACACCCUCGGAGGAGCUCAACAGAAUCAAUGACAUGGACAUCAAGCUGGAUGACAUUGCAGAAACCAAGCUGAGUCAUGGUGACGGUCGCGUGGGUCAGCUGGAGGUGGGCAGCAUCUUCACCUUCCGCGUUACCGUGCUCCAGGCCAGCGGCAUCCUGCCCGAGUAUGCCGACAUCUUCUGCCAAUUCAAUUUCCUGCAUCGUCAUGAUGAAGCUUUUUCAACUGAGCCACUGAAGAACACCGGCAAAGGAGCUCCUCUGGGCUUUUAUCACGUCCAGAAUAUUUCAGUAGAAGUCACAGAGUCCUUUAUUGAGUACAUCAAGACCAAGCCCAUUGUGUUCGAAGUGUUUGGCCAUUACCAGCAGCACCCGCUGCAUUUUCAUGGUCAGGACCUGAUCAGUCCUCCAACACCAUCAAGGAAAUACUAUCCUAUCCCCAUGCCUCUAUCGAGACCAGUUCCAGCCACCAAGUUGAACACCAUCUCCAAGUCCAACCUGGGCCAGUGCGUCAGCAAGUACGACCUGCUGGUGUGGUUUGAGAUCAGCGAGCUCGAGCCCACUGGAGAGUACAUCCCAGCUGUAGUUGAUCACAGUGGAGGACUGCCCUGCCACGGCACCUACCUACUGCACCAGGGGAUCCAGCGGAGGAUCACUGUCACUCUCAUCCAUGAAAAGGGCAGCGAGCUCCACUGGAAGGACGUGCGAGAGCUGGUCGUGGGUCGAAUCAGGAACAAAGCUGAAGUGGACGACAGUGCUGCUGACGCCGUCCUGUCCUUGAACAUCAUUUCUGCCAAGAACAUCAAGUCAUCACACAACUCCAACAGGACUUUCUACCGCUUCGAGGCAGUGUGGGACAGCUCUCUGCACAACUCCCUCCUCCUGAACCGAGUCACUCCUUACGGAGAGAAGAUCUACAUGACCCUGUCUGCGUAUCUGGAGCUUGACCACUGCAUCCAGCCUGCUAUCAUUACCAAAGACAUCUGCAUGGUCUUCUACUCCCGGGACGCAAAGAUCUCCCCUCCCCGUUCCCUCAGGAACCUGUUUGGUAGUGGUUACUCCAAAACUCCUGACUGCAACCGAGUCACCGGCAUCUACGAGCUGAGCUUGUGCAAGAUGUCUGAUUCUGGAAGCCCAGGGAUGCAACGGAGGAGGAGGAAGAUCCUGGACACAUCAGUGGCUUAUGUGCGUGGAGAGGAGAACCUGGCUGGCUGGAGGCCCAGAGGAGACAGUCUGAUCCUGGAGCACCAAUGGGAGCUGGAGAAAAUGGAGCAGUUGCACGAAGUGGAGAAGACCCGUCACCUUCUCCUGCUGAGGGAGAAGCUGGUAGAGACGGCUCCAGUGGGCACGACUCCCACCACCAAGUCCCUGAGCGAGUUGCUCUCCCCGAGCAUGAGCUCUGGCACCCUGUCCACCUCCACCUCCAUCUCCUCGCAGAUCUCCAGCACCACCUUCGAAAGUGCCAUCACGCCCAGCGAGAGCAGUGGCUACGACUCGGCCGACAUCGAGAGCCUGGUGGAUCGUGAGAAGGAGCUGGCCACUAAGUGCUUGCACCUACUGACGCACACCUACAACAGUGACUACAACCAGGUGGUCAACAGUAUCAGUGACUGCAAGCUCUCUGACAUCUCACCCAUGGGACGUGAUCCAUCGGUGACAAGCUUCAGCAGCGCCACCAUCACCCCCUCCUCCACCUGUCCUUCUCUGUCUGACUCCCGCUGUGGCUCCCUUGACCAGAAGACCCCAGAGAACAGCUCCCGGGCCUCCAGUCCCUCCUGCUCAGACUAUGAAAACUUCCCGAUGGUUCCCACACUGGAGACGUCCUAUUUGGCGCGGGCUGGGAAGAACGAGUUCCUCAACCUAGUCCCUGAUAUUGAAGAGAUGAGGCCGGGGUCUGUUGUGUCCAAGAAGGGUAUACUGAGCUUCAUGGAGCCGCGCUCAAACUCGUGGGUGAAGCACUUUGUGGUUGUGCGCCGGCCCUAUGUCUUCAUCUACAACAGUGACAAAGACCCGGUGGAGCGGGGCGUCCUUAACCUCUCGACAGCACAGGUGGAAUACAGUGAAGACCAGCAGGCCAUGCUCAAGACUCCCAACACGUUUGCCGUGUGCACAAAACAUCGGGGAAUCCUGCUGCAGGCCAACAACGAGAAAGACAUGAACGACUGGCUGUACGCGUUUAAUCCCCUGCUAGCGGGGACGAUAAGAUCCAAGCUGGCGAGGAGGCGCAGCGGCCUGAUGAAGAACUGAGUGAGUCGAGCGGCACACAGGAAACUGCGGCGACCAUUCUUUCUGAAAAGCCUUUGAACAUACCAAGUGUUAACACUUAUUAAUCAUUGUGAUUCUUGACGGUUUCCUCUUGUAAGUAGACUUGUGGCUUGAGUCUCCUUUCAUUGCGACUAAAAGAAAUUUGCCUCCUCUCUCCCUCCAACAACCCUCUGCCAACUUCGCUUUCCUCCUCCUCUAUUUCUCUCCCACUACCUCCUCCUCCUCCUCCUCCUCAGCUUUUUGUGUAUUUGUUUCGAUGACAAUGUUUGGGUCUGAUUUUGUUCUGCUUCGUUGUCAUUCCCCAACUCCCUAAAUAGUAGCAUGUUGUAAUAGUCUACUUGUGUGUGCACGAUUCUUCAGGAACUGUUCUUUCUGGCCACUAAUUUUCAGUUUGCCAAUCAUCUGUGAAAAAAAGAAAAUGUCUCUAUCAGUGUUAUUUGUCUCCCUAGACAAGAGUUCUUAUUUUUGUUGUUUUUUUGUUUUGUUUUUAUUAAUAUGCCCACAUAAUAACUGCAGCAGUCUCAGGGGAUGACCAGGUUUGCUUACUAGAAAAAAAAAAUUAAAUCAAAUACAGUUGAAACCACGAAGGAAAAAUAUAAAAAUAUCUCCUUAUGAAGUAUCGGUUUACGCUCUGCUACUGAAGGCAGAGCUACUUCAAGAAACUAUUGCUGCUAACAAAUUCAAGUUCUUUUUCCUCCUCUUUAUGAGAUCUGCAUCAGGACUCAUCUAAAGCCAGCUCCAGCUCCCCUGUCCUGCCUCCUUUAUAUUCAAAACGUAAUCCCAACUCGGUGAAACACGAGGGCUGCACUGGAUUUCCACUGUCAUUCAUCCAUGUAAUGUUUAGAUCCCCCCCCCCCCACAUAGUGCCGUGUCCGUGACUAAUUACUUACAAUUGUGCAUUUGUGUCAACCUCAGACAUACACGCUAGAUGCAGAAACAUGCGGAAGUAGGAAGUCAUCAAAGAUUAAUUCAUAUCUCAGCGGCGAAAACUCGACGAUGGAUUGUUCAUGCAGGAGUAGAUCUUUCUGUCACUGUCCUUUCUUUUGUUGUUGUUGCUAUUUCAUCUCAGAUGAAAAACAGGGUUACCAGGAGAGGAUGAGGAGUGAGAGGAGGAGGAAGAUGGAUAGUACUCUGAAGAAGACAAUAUGUACAUACAGUCGGUUCUGGGAUCAGUGUGGUAGUUAACUCUCAUUGAAGACAUUCCCUCUUAAGCUCCUAAGAGUUCUUGUUACACUGAUAUGUUGAGCCUCGGACCGCAAAGAGAGUCUCAACAUUUUAUUUAAACCAUCACAAACAACGUUGCACCGAAGAUGAAAACAAAACACAGUACGAAGGGAGCGAGGAGUUAGAAGGAGGACGGAGUCGCUGUGCUUUAGCCUUUACGACAGUUGUUUAACGGAUGAAGCUCCCAGCACGUAGCCUGCAGCACAGAUCAUGACCCAGUCCAACCCAUGACUCCCCCGCACCAACACACGACAGUCAGGUGAGACUUCUGCAGAGUGAAGCUCUCACUGUUCAGAGCAAACACGGCUCAUCAUGUGUUCGUUUUCUAUUUGUGUUCUUGAAUAGAAACCUCUUGACCUUCACUGGUUUGACUUUUUUUAAAUUAUUAUUAACAUUUCUGUUUGGUUUUUUUUAAUCAUUCCAUAGUGGUGUUUUAUAUGAAAUGUAACGGAGGGCAUUUAUUUCUUCAUUUUUAAGCAAUGAUGUCGUUUGUUUAACCUUAUUUUGCACAUUAACACAUAUCUAUAGCAAGGUGAGGGCAGAUCACACGUGUCAGGAACACUGAUGUGAGCACAUGUCAAGGCUACACUGGAUUGUUGCUCUCCAAAGGGUUUACUAAAGAGAAAGAAGGGAUAUUAAAGGGACGACAUAUACUCAAAAGAUUUAUUUCUGACAUUGUUUAUGAAAAUUUUUGCUCUGUACAUCAUCAUACAGCUUAUGAUGUACUAUGACAUUUUUGGUGCCUCUGUUUCUACAAAAGUUAGAAGAGUGAUCGGUAGAGAUGGGCUCAAAUUAACUCUGGCCAACCAACCAGUAGUAAGCCCCCUGUAUCAUAUGAAAGAGAUGCUAAGGUUAGAUGUGUUGAAACAGAGGAACCCGCCGCCUGUUACAACUUUUUUGUGCAAUUAUUGGUGAAGCAGCUUCAUUGUUUGCGGACGUAAAGACAGAAAACUUUCAACUCCGAAAUGAAAACUGCCCUGAGGUCAGCCAACCUGCUGGUCAGAGAAACAAAAACCUGAUGAACUGUUUCUGAGAAAAUGUUUCAUCUUGUCUGUUUAGAAAGAAAAUGAAGAAGAAGAAAUAAGACUCGGUGCACCGAUCACAGUGCAACGUACCUCACGUGAACCUCAGCAUACUCAAUGUGUGUGAGAUGCAUGUUGUUGUGAAAGGAUGUCAGAGCAAACAUUUUCACUCCAGUGACUAAUUUGCAGAGGUAUAUUAUUAUUAUACUUUUUGGUACUGUGUAUUUAUUGUUUGCAAUGUAUAUAUUAGUUUGCAGCUCUUUGCACAUAUUAAUAAAAGGUUCAGCUGAUCUAAUGAAGUCUGCACGCUUUAGUUGUUCUACUCGGAACGAACCAAAAGACGACGUGGCAGCCUCCUCCAGCCUGAAGUGGGAGAGAGUCGAAUGUACUAUUUUUUUGUUCCAUCAUUAAAGAAUUAAAGAGAACUAUGGUGUAACCCGCUGCGCCCCGUUCAGGGGGAGGCGAGUUACGCUAGUGCUUCCUCUUGAUUAGAAAGUUGGUUUGAGUGGAAGUCUGCUUUUGAUUUGAAGGAUAUUUACUCACUGCUCACGCUCAACAGCCGCCGGAGUUCUUACAAAAACAAAGGUGGUUUUUAUCUCAUUUUAUUUGUUCUAAUAUCAGGGAAUAUAAUACGGAGUAGCUAGUUACAUUUAAAAUGACAGUAUACUAUUGUUUGUGCUGGCGUCUUUCGUCACCUCAACGCGUUUUUUUUCUCCGUUGAUGCCUUUCAAACAAAACUAGCCAUGAUAUUUUCCAUCUUCCCCUCUGACCAUUAAUAUCAGUUAACUGCGUUAACCUUUAGAUUUGUUCACGGCAAGACAAAAAAAGAGAACAAAACAAGACCAACAAAACCAUGACAUCCACAGUGUACAUUAUUUGUCAGACUGGUUUCAUUUUCAUACUUAUUUUGUAAAUAUCUGUGUUGUAUGGAGCUUGAAUUAAAAUGUAAAUAUGUUUACUGUAUUUGUAAUAAUUAUAAUCCAUUCGCUGUAUAGCAUAGAUGUGUCAUGCAGAUAUCCUAAUUCUGUGUACGGUAAUCUUACACCAUUGACCUGUUUAGUGAAUGAGGCAACAAUAAAAGUGCAAACUGUGCAUUAGCA